AUGUUCCCCGCGAUGUUUGGGCCCGCCGUUUUCGCAACACAGUGCUGCCUGUUGGCGCACACUUCUGGUACAAGGCUCAAGACGCGCUAUGGUGGCCAGGGAAAAUCUCCGGACAUACUCCAACUACAAACGUCUUCUUCGUUCGCUUCCUGGAUGACCCCGGACCUGUCAAGAUCACCCUCCCCCCUUCGCGCUACACGACAGCUUUGGGAGCUGUUUGUGGUUCUUGGUGCCUUCAGCUGCACCGACGUAGUCCCUUCAUGCGAGGUAUCUUGCGCAAUGUAGACGAAUCGUGUGGUACGGAUAUUAUUGCCCCUGGCCGAUAGGACUGUUGCAUUUGUUUUAUGUGUUUAGACCUAUAUGUAUAUGUAUUUGUUUGUCUGUUACAUGUUUGUGUUUAUGUACGUAUUUGUGUUUUCUCGCUCGCCCUCUCGAUAUAGUUUGAGACUGGCUAUUGCUUCUUUAUGUUUCUAGCUCGCCCUCUCGAUCUAUUUUUGAGACUGGCUAUUGCUUCGGUAUGUUUCUAGCUCGCCCUCUCGAUUAUUUCGAGACUGACUAUUGCGUCUUUAUGCUUUCCGCUCGCCCUCUCAAUCCCUUUGAGUCUGGCGCUUCCUUUUGUGUUGCGUACUUUCUCGCCCCCGUUUGUCACUUCUCGGUCGGUU